AUGGGUAGCAGCACGGGUAGUACAAUGUACGGCACAGGAAUGACGACAGGUAUGGCUGGUACAAAUCCUGCAAUUGCCCAGCAACAAAUGGGUCAAUACUACGCGCCUGGAAUGUCGUAUCCGCAAGCAAGCAUGGGUGCAUACCCACAACAAUCACAAGCCAUCGCUCCGCAAGCGGUGACGACUACCCAACCCAGUGCAUUCGCUCCUAUGGCAUCCACCGCUUCUACAACUACCGCCGGAGCAGGUGCCGGAAUCAAUCCUGCUGCGUCACUAGGAGCUGCAAACCCGGCGGCUGCAAACACUGUCGCCGAAGGAGAAGCAGAAGCCGAAACUGAAACAGCAGAAGCAGCAGGUGGUGUAGGUACCUGCUGGGGCUGCUGCGGUCCCGCCGGCGCUCCAGGAGGUGCAGCAGAGGUCGCUGCUGGUGGACCCGUUGGUGCAUCCGCAUCUGCAGCCCCAGGUCCUACUGGACCAGCUGGACCAGCAGGCGAACGUGUCGUAGAAUAUUUCAAGUCCGGCUACAAUAGUGCUGCUGCUGGUGCGAAUACGGGCGCUGGGUUACCUGCAAAUAUCUUUCCGGCGCCUGCGGCGCGAGGUGGUGCACAGGCGUUAUGA